AUGGCUUCCUUAACCUUGCUAGUGUCACUCCUGCUUGCUCUUGUCAUUCCUCAGGGGUUUGCAAACUAUGAGAAACCUCCGAUUUAUCAACCACCGGUGAAAACACCUCCAAUCUACAAGCCACCAGUAGAGAAACCUCCCGUCUACAAACCACCUGUUGAGAAGUCUCCUGUUUACAAACCACCAGUAGAGAAGCCACCUGUGUAUAAACCACCAGUUGAAAAACCUCCUAUUUACAAACCUCCUGUUGAAAAACCUCCCGUUUACAAACCACCUACAGAAAAGCCACCAGUAUACAAACCACCAGUUGAGAAGCCUCCAGUCUACAAGCCACCAGUAGAAAAACCUCCUGUCUACAAGCCUCCAGUUGAAAAGCCUCCAGUCUACAAGCCACCAGUUGAGAAACCUCCAACAUACAAGCCACCAGUUGAGAAACCUCCGAUUUAUAAGCCACCGGUUGGGUAUCAGCCACCAGUUUACACUCCUCCUCCGUAUUAG